AUGAUGUCGGCCCCGCCAGAGUGCCCGGCAGCAACGACGGCUAUGGCAGCCCUCGCCGACCCGGACGAACGGCACGCCGCUGUCGCCGACGACGUGCCCGUUGACAGCACCGGGGUAGAGCUCUUGACCCCGCGCAUCGUUCCCCUGACGUCUAUUCGGGCCCUCUCAGCAGCAGGGGCGACAGCGGCAGCAGCAGCAGCAGCAACGGAAGGCCCAAACAGCACCAACAAUGACGCCAGCUUCACUACGCAAAUUUCUAGAGCAGAAAUAAGAGAAGAAUUUUCUCGCCACAGCUCCGUACAUCUAUCCGGAGGGGCACUCGGGGACGGAAGAGUGGCAGAAGCAAGGGGGGAACGGAAAUUAGAAGCGAGAAGUCAGGAAGACCACAAGAAACGGGGGGGCGGGGGGCAUUGCACGACUUUGGUGCGGCACUUGGGCACGGUGUUGGGUCUCCGGGGGAAGGAGGCGUAUCGACGGCCGGGCCCCGGGAAGCCGGUGUGGCGGAAAAGGGAAACCCUGAUCCAAGAGAGGAUCGUUCAGUACACUACAUUGGACGAGGAGGGAGCGGUUCAGGAGUUGUUCGAGACCGAGAAAAGCCAAACCGAGGUGCUGCACAUGGAGUGCAAGCGAACGGGCGAGUUCGCACACCGAGAGAGCACCCACUACGAGAGCGGGGAGGCUUUCAACGGCGAGGAGGGCGUCGGAGGGAGAGAAAGCUCGGGGCGCGGCGAGUCCAAGCGGACUUCGUCGCAGCGGGGCCCCGCAGAAGCAGAAGAAGCGGGACUAACUCGGAGCAAUGACUCUGGCAACUUGAGGACUAGCUCGUGCCCUCUGGCAAGCGGCGGCGUUGGCGACGUUGUCGACGGCCUCCAGCCAGGCUUGGGGUGCCAAAAGACGCCGUUUGUGCAGAACCUGGAGGUCGGGGGUGAUAACCUUGAGCGACCGUUGCGGGGUGACACAUCAGCAGAUGCGUUGAGGGAAGCUGGUGACGACCAUUUGGGUGCACACCGGGGGGCCCCGGUCGAUUUUCCCGGUUUGGGUAGCGAGUACGGGGGGUCGGUGGUCUUCUUGGACAACCAGAACCGUCAAGGGGAGAGCGGGCGGGAAGACGGAGAGUUAGGUGGAGAGGAGGGCUGGUGGCAGGCGGAGAGCGGCAGCGCCUUGAAUGGGAUGGAUAUCUCAUUCGAAGGGGACAACGUUUCUGUCCUCAACGUCGCCGGCAAGGAGGACAACGGUGACAGGAAGCAAGAGCCGGCAGCCCCGGCGCCGUUCCACAGCCACAGAUGGGGGCAUACUGCAGCAGUCGCUGAGGCUACUCCCGCGACGGCGGACGCACCCUGCGAAGACGUCGGCGGCGGCGAAGGGAAAGCCGCCCGCGCAGAUAUAGUAGGAAGGCCCGGGUUUCCCGGCCCAUGUUCGGAGAGCGACGCUGUUGCUUGA